AUGCACCUUCCACACGCAAGUCCCCCGACCCCUACGAUGGCGGAUAUUUACUCCCACAUCCAUGAGUACUACCGGCAGAGUCACGGCGACCUGGUGCAGACGGGCUCACCGGCUGUGCUUUGCUCGGCCCUGCCUGGCCACUGGCGGUCGAACAAAUCCUUGCCAGUUGCGUUUAAAGUUGUCGCAUUGGAUGACGUUCAAGACGGCACUUUAGUUACGAUAAAAGCGGGAAACGAUGAAAAUGUAAUGGCAGAAAUGAGGAAUUGCACGGCAGUGAUGAAGAACCAAGUUGCGAAAUUUAAUGAUCUGAGGUUCGUGGGUCGCAGUGGACGAGGCAAGUCGUUCACACUCACCAUCACCAUCAGUACAUUCCCGAGCCAAGUCGCAACUUACACCAAGGCAAUCAAGGUUACAGUUGACGGACCAAGAGAACCUAGAACCAAACAAAACUACGGGUAUGGACAUCCUGGAGCGUUUAAUCCAUUCUUGUUAAAUCCUGGAUGGCUUGAUGCAGCUUAUUUGAAUUAUGCUUGGGCAGAUUAUUUUAGGCCGCCCCAGCUAAGAGAUCCAGCUGCACUUGUUAAAGGUGCUGCACCCAUUACUACGCCACCGGUUGCAUUGCCCGGAGCCGAGUUGUUCCCAUUCCCAGCGGCAAUGGCAAGUUUACCACCUGGAGGGUUAAUACCUCCACCUGGAACUUUUUUGCCACCUAAUGGGCUAUUACCCUUUGCGCCACAUCCGGCUGAACUCGCGUUAAAAACGUUGCCACCGGAACUGACGAUGAAAAAUGGUUACGACGCGUUAAGACAUUUACAAAGCAACGUUUCUUCAAUGGACACGUCUAGUGCUCGAUUAUCGCCAACAAGCAGUAGGCAAAGCGGGAGCCCGCGAAGUAUGGCGAACGCAAGUCCUAGAUCAAACACAAAAUCUGAAGUGAAUUCAACUCACGAGGCAUCCGACGAAUCCGACGAAGAGCAGAUUGAAGUAGUUAAAUCUGCUUUCCAUCCGACAAGGCCGGCGAAUGUCGAAUUGCAAAUGAAACAAGUUCAAGCCGCGGAUUCCACGGUUUCAGACCGACCACGUAUGCGCAACGAACUAAAAGCGCCUUCACAACGAACGCGAGUUCUCUCUAGUCCAACAUCAACUAAAAUUACGAACAGUUCAAUAUCAACGCAUAAAUCCGUGUGGCGGCCAUAU